AUGUUAACAUUCCGGCGAGCUCUGAUAGGAGCUGCUUGCUUCCUCACCAUGCUCUUCCUGACCACCCGAUCACACACAUCAUCACCGACAGAUCAAUUACCUCCUCAAACCUCCGAGUCACGGCAGGCCUCCGAACACACCAGCGAGACAGGCCACACACAAAAGACGCUCGUGUCGAGUUCGGGCGAGAGGCUGCCCAAGAAGCAGGCAGGGGGCCAGCAGCUACUGAUGGACAUGUCUCGCGCGCCCCUAGUAGACAAGCUGGCAUACCAGUUCCCGUACGACGUUGAGGUCAAGUUCCCAGCCUACAUCUGGCAGACGUGGAAGUACACGCCUGCGUCCGGGGAGUUCGGGGAGAAUUUCAGACCGGCUGAGGCGUCCUGGAGUGAGAAGCACCCGGGAUUCAUACACGAGGUCAUCACGGAUCAGGUUGCGGUACAUCUGCUGAGACAUCUGUAUUCGAGCGUGCCGGAGGUGUUGGAGGCAUAUGAUGCGAUGCCCCUGCCGGUGUUGAAGGCUGAUUUCUUCCGCUACCUGAUCCUGCUGGCCAGAGGAGGGAUCUAUUCGGAUAUCGACACGCAUGCCUUGAAGUCGGCUGCAGAGUGGUUGCCGGAAGCUGUGCCGAGAGAUGCGGUGGGAUUGGUGAUUGGUAUUGAGGCGGAUCCGGAUCGAGAGGAUUGGGCGGACUGGUAUUCGAGACGGAUUCAGUUCUGCCAGUGGACGAUUCAAUCGAAGCCUGGACACCCUGUUCUGCGGAACAUUGUCGCUAACAUUACGGAGGAGACGCUGAAGAAGAAGAGAUUGGGGACGUUCAAGGGGUUCAAUGACAAACAGGUCAUUGAGUAUACAGGACCUGCUGUGUGGACGGACGUGAUUUUCGAUUUCAUGAACGAUCCAAAGUACUACGAUACCUCAAAGAGUGAUAAAAACAUCACUUGGAGGGAUUUCACUGGGAUGACUGCUGCAAAGGUAGUAGGAGACGUGGUCGUUCUUCCAAUCACCAGUUUCAGUCCUGGAGUCCAACAAAUGGGAGCAGAAGACUACGAUCACCCAAUGGCUUUUGUCAAGCAUGAAUUCGAAGGUACAUGGAAACCCGAACACCUUCGACACAUUGGCGUAACCAACGAUCCAAACGACCCUAACAACCCUAACAACAAAGACAAACAAUUGUAA